CGUUUGACGUCACGGGGAGUUAAUUUUAAAUCAGAGCAAGAUGGCGGAGGGGGCCGAGGCCGCGCGGAGGCAGCCGCCGCUCCCGGGCUUGCGGCGCCGGCGGCCGGCCAGCGAGCCCAGCGCCGCGGCCAACCACGUCUCGUCCACCAGCAGCCUCGGUGAGGACUCCGGGGAGGAUGAGCUGCUGGGCUCCGAGGAGGCCGUGCGGAAGCCCUGUCCGGUGCAGAUCGUGCUGGCGCACGAGGACAGCCAUGACUUCGAGCUGGACGCGGCGGCGCUGGAGCGGGUGCUGCUGCAGGAGCACGUCCGCGACCUCGGCAUCGUGGUGGUGUCCGUGGCCGGCGCCUUCCGGAAGGGGAAGUCCUUCCUGCUGGACUUCAUGCUCCGAUACAUGUACAACCAGACCUCCCCCGGCUGGAUGGGCAGCGGUGACGAGCCACUGACAGGCUUCACGUGGCGUGGGGGCUGUGAGAGGGAGACGAUGGGCAUCCAGGUGUGGGACGAGGUCUUCGUGGUGGACAGGCCCGAUGGGACGAAGGUGGCCGUGCUGCUCAUGGACACGCAAGGCGCCUUCGACAGCCAGUCGACUAUCAAGGACUGCGCCACCGUGUUCGCCCUGAGCACCAUGACCAGCUCCGUGCAGGUGUACAACUUGUCCCAGAACAUCCAGGAAGAUGACCUCCAACACUUGCAACUGUUCACAGAGUACGGGCGGCUCGCCAUGGAGCAGAUCUACCAGAAGCCGUUCCAGACGCUGAUGUUCCUGAUCCGAGACUGGAGCUACCCGUACGAGUACCCUUACGGGCUGGAGGGCGGGAGGCAGUUCCUGGAGAGGCGGCUGCAGGUUAAGCAAAACCAGCACGAGGAGCUGCAGAACGUAAGGAAGCACAUUCACAAUUGUUUCUCAAAUCUUGGUUGCUUCCUUUUGCCACAUCCUGGUCUUAAAGUUGCAACUAACCCUAAUUUUGAUGGGAGACUGAAAGAUAUUGAUUCAGACUUUAAACAAGAACUCCAAAAUCUGGUUCCGUUGCUGCUAGCCCCUGAAAAUUUGGUAGAAAAAGAAAUAAGUGGAUCUAAAAUCACUUGCCGAGAUCUUGUAGAAUACUUUAAGGCCUACAUCAAGAUCUACCAGGGGGAGGAGCUGCCACACCCCAAGUCCAUGCUGCAGGCAACAGCUGAAGCCAAUAAUCUUGCCGCAGUCGCGGGGGCCAGAGACGUCUACUGCAAGAAUAUGGAGCAGGUGUGCGGCGGUGACAAGCCUUACAUCGCCCCCUCGGACCUGGAGCGCCGUCACCUGGACCUCAAGCAGGCGGCGCUGCGGCACUUCCGGUCAGUGAAGAAGAUGGGCGGGGAGGACUUCUGCCGCCGCUACCAGGACCAGCUGGAGGCGGAGAUCGAGGAGACCUAUGCCAGCUUCCUCAAGCACAACGACGGCAAGAACAUCUUCUACGCCGCCCGCACCCCGGCCACGCUCUUCGCCGUCAUGUUCGCCAUGUACGUGGUCUCCGGACUCACCGGCUUUGUGGGCCUGAACUCCAUCGCCGUCCUGUGCAACCUGGUCAUGGGGCUGGCCCUGACCUCGCUCUGCACCUGGGCCUACGUCAAGUACUCUGGGGAGUUCCGGGAGCUCGGGACGCUCAUCGACCAGGUCGCUGAGACGCUGUGGGAGCAGGUGUUGAAGCCCCUGGGCGACAAUCUGAUGGAGGAGAACGUCAAGCAGUCUUUCCGGAACUCCCUCCGGGCGGGCCUCACCGAGCAGGUGGCGCAGCAGGCCCGGCUGAAGGCAGACUGAGCCGCCCGCCCUCCUCCUCCUGCUUGCUGUACAGUGAGAACGCAAAUAAAGAUAAACCAAAGUUUACAAUCGACUCUAGGAGUAGUUUCGUAGAAGCGGCCCCGGCGGCCGGCCGCCCGCCUUCUCUCCCGCCCGCCCGCGCGAGUGCUAGCGAAGUCUCUUUAGCAGGAAAUUUCAGGGAACUCUUCGGAGAAAUCUCUAGUCUCUCACAGUGUCUUGUUGAGAUUUUGAUUUUGUAGCGAGGUUUUGAGUCAGUGCAUCAGGAAUCCCAGGGGGACGCCAGUGAGGCCCGAGGGGCCGGGCGGCCGGGCGCGUCCCCGGGCCGAGGUCUUGCCUUUUCAACUCACGAACCUGCCCUUCCGGAGCUGCCCGCGGGCCUGGGGCCGCGCGCCGGGCGCCUUCCUGUACAUAGACUUGCCGUGGAUUUCAUGGGGGCAAAGUCCAUCCACAAACGUUGCCUACAGCUCUGAGUUACGAGUGUUUGUACAGUCUGUAGCUUUUAUUUUCUAAACCCACAGAUAGGGCAUGUACAUGAUUAUAAAUAUAUAAAUACGAUUUUGUAUCCAAAGUUUUGUAGUCUAUGGCAAAACCCGGUCCCGUGGUGGCCCGCGGCCCGUCCUGUGUGAAUGCGUAGCCAGUUUGCAGUUUUGAUAUCUGUGUGAUCCUUCUCCUCGAGCACCGCACUCGCACCCUGAGGGGAUUCACUGGGAAUGUUUAUCGUGACCUUGUCCUCUGUUGCAUUUUAAAGUUAUUUCCUGUAAUUUAUUUUCAGUACAUAAUUAAAAAAAAUCGUAUC